CUGUGUUGGUAGAGCAUCAACUUCCGUCAUUUCCUCCCCACGUGAAUCGCUCCUUACAUGUGAGGAGCAGAAACAUUUCUACCCACUUAAAAAACCCAAACUUGCAUCAUAUUGUUAUCUUAUGGUUUUCGGUACCAGCACCAUGGAGUUUGUAGAGGAGGAGGAACAGCUCGGCUUCGACUCUGACGAGGAGAAGAGUGAAUUAUCAGACGAUGAGCUCCAAGAAGCCUUUGCAAAGGGGCUGUUGAAACCAGGCAUGAAUGUGCUGGUGGCCAAAGCCAAAAAGUCUACCAACAAUGUGGAGGGUUUGAAGCAGUGUCUUGCUGAAUUCCGUAAAGACCUUCCCUGGGUGGAGAGUUUGGACAUGACCAACCUACCAGCUGAAGACCUUAUUUCCAAGGCUGAUGGGCAAGCACCUGCUGGAGUCAAUGAAGACAUCAACGCGGAUGAUGAUUUCCAGAGGGAGAUGUUCUUCUACCGUCAAGCUCAAGCUACGGUCCUUGGGUCGUUGCCCCUCUUAAAGAAACACAACAUAGCCACCAAGAGGCCGGAUGAUUACUUUGCAGAGAUGGCCAAGACAGAUCAGCACAUGCAGAAGAUCAGGAAAAAGCUCAUAUCAAAGCAGAUGAUUAUGGAGAGGUCGGAGAAGGCCAAGAAGCUGCGUGAGCAAAGGAAGUUUGGCAAAAAGGUCCAAAUAGAAGUGAUGCAGAAGAGGCAGAAAGAGAAGAAGGCUAUGAUGUCUGCUGUAAAGAAAUACCAGAAAGGAAUGACUGACAAACUGGAUUUCCUGGAAGGAGACCAGAAGAAACCUAAAGACGCCGGUCAAGGCUCCAAGAAAGCAGCGAACAAGAAGGGCCCCAAUGCUAAGAGGAAAUUUAAGGACCAAAGGUUUGGCUUCGGAGGCAAGAAGAGUGGAAAGAAGUGGAAUACCAAAGAGAGCCACAACGACGUUUCCAGCUUCCGCGCCAAGGUGGCUAACGCGAAGGGCGGCAAGGGAGGGAAGAAAGGCAAAGGAGGACAACAAAACAAACGUCCUGGCAAGUCCGUACGCAGGAAGAUGAAGUCUCGCUCGUAAAAAGAAACAGUCAACCAAUCAAUAAGGACUAAGAUUUGCUAACAAGCAGGAUUCUACCGCACCUGCUCCCCAUUGUCUCCUCUGUACACGUGACGAGACGUGUACAGUAUUUCUCCUACACCUUUUUUGUACCACAUAGCUUCUGGUAAAUGAGUCUGGUAUAACCCCGUCAAGCCACAGAGAGAGACACGUGUGGUGCCAUAUUGCUGAGGAAGCUACUGAAAGGACACUGCUGGUGUAGAGAAGACAAAGAGUGAACCGCCUUCAUCAACCCAUGAUUUUAUUCACACACAGAAAAAGAAAAUUUGAACAUGAGGAAACUGUCAAAGACGAAGUUUUAUCACUUGUAAUGCUGUCUUUAAUUACGCCUUAAUGACCCCAACAGUUAUUCGUUUACAUCAUGUGUGCAGUUUGAAGAAUUCCGUUUUAUUUUUUUGUCUCUGUCUCGGCUUACUGACUCAUCAACUCUCCCCUGUGUGACCUGACAUGUUGCAAUGUUGAGCAGCCGUCAGCUUUGCCCUUUCCCGUUCAUUUGUAUGGUUAGACUGUGAUGGGUGAGUGUAUAAACCUGUUGUCUAUAGUGUUUUAAGUUUGUGAAGAUGGGAAAUUAAACUUCUGCCACUGA